UGAACACACUGCGGCUCAGACUCCAACCCGGGUUUUACACCAUUAGGUGCAGACCAGCCAAUUGGGCCGUCUGGUUGCCGUGCAUCCUGGGAGCUGUAGUUUCCGGCUGCUGCCUCCUGACUACAGGCUCCACCAAGCAGCUGGAGGACGGUUGCUUGGUAUUAUUAGCAAGCGGGAAGUAUGGCGGUGGCGCGCGUCGACGCGGCUUUGCCUCCUGGAGAUGGAUCAGUGGUCAACUGGUCAGGACAGGGACUACAGAAAUUAAGUCCAAACUUACCCUGUGAAGCUGAUAUUCAUACUUUGAUUCUGGAUAAAAAUCAAAUUAUUAAAUUGGAAAAUCUUGAGAAAUGUAGACGAUUAAUACAGUUGUCAGUGGCUAAUAAUCGGCUGGUGCGAAUGAUGGGUGUGGCCAAACUGACCCAACUCAGGGUGUUAAAUUUGCCUCAUAAUAGCAUUGGCUAUGUGGAAGGGCUAAAGGAUCUAGUACAUUUGGAAUGGCUGAAUUUGGCAGGAAAUAAUCUCAAGGCCAUAGAACAAAUCAGUAGCUGCACAGCUCUACAGCACCUUGAUUUAUCAGACAAUAACAUACCCCAGAUUGGUGAUCUAUCGAAAUUGGUAUCACUGAAGACCCUGCUUUUACAUGGAAACAUCAUCACUUCUCUUAGAAUGGCACCAGCUUAUCUACCCAGAAGUCUGGCUAUACUUUCCUUGGCAGAAAAUGAAAUCCGUGACCUAAAUGAGAUCUCUUUUUUGGCAUCCUUAACUGAAUUGGAACAGUUGUCAAUCAUGAACAAUCCUUGUGUGAUGGCAACACCGUCCAUUCCAGGGUUUGACUAUCGGCCAUACAUCGUCAGCUGGUGCUUAAACCUCAGAGUCCUAGAUGGAUAUGUGAUUUCUCAGAAGGAAAGUUUGAAAGCUGAAUGGCUCUAUAGUCAAGGCAAGGGGAGAGCCUAUCGGCCAGGCCAGCACAUCCAGCUUGUCCAGUAUCUGGCUACAGUCUGUCCUCUCACUUCUACCCUGGGUCUUCAAACUGCUGAGGAUGCCAAACUAGAGAAGAUUCUGAGCAAACAGAGGUUUCACCAGAGGCAGUUGAUGAACCAAAGCCAAAGUGAAGAGCUGGCUCCUCUUGCUCCUGUUGAAACAAGAACACCCCUUGUACCUGAGCAUUCAAGCCCUGUUCAAGAUGGCCAGAGAGUCCAGGAAGGCGAACCCGUCAUCCAAGUCAAUUCUUGGGUUGGGACUAACAGUAAUGAUGAUCAAUUACAUGCUGUUAAGAAUAACUUUCCAGCCUCUGUACACACUACAAGAUAUUCCCGAAAUGACCUGCACUUGGAAGACAUACAGACGGAUGAGGACAAGUUAAACUGUAGUCUUCUCUCUUCAGAGUCUACUUUUAUGCCAGUUCCAUCAGGACUCUCUCCAGUAUCACCUACAGUUGAGCUGAGGCUGCAAGGCAUUAACUUGGGCCUAGAAGAUGAUGGUGUUGCAGAUGACUCUUUGAAAGGGCUGGAAAACCAAGACUUCAGUAAGGAAGAAGAAAAGGCUUUUUGGACUGCAAGUGAGAAUUCUGCUCAAACUACGGAAAGUGCUGUUAGUACAGAGGUAAAUGAGGAAGGUGGGCUGUUACCUUGUCUGGAGCCAACAGUAACCAAUGCUGUCUUGAAGGAUGACACCCAUAGUCUUAUAUCUUUUCCUGAGUCGGUUGGACACAAUGUCUUCCAUACGCUGCCAGACAGUGAAGAAACCGUAUCUCAAUCAGCUUCAGAGAAACUUCCCUGCGGAGUUUUAACUCAGAGACCUGUUGCUUUGGGACAAGAUAAAGUUGCCCUUCAGAAAUUGAAUGAAGCAGCCACCAAACUUCAGGCCUCUUGGCGAGGCUUUUAUACCAGGAACUAUAACCCCCAAGCUAAAGAUGUGCGUCAUGAAAUCCGGCUGCGUAGAAUGCAGGAGCACAUUGUUUGCUUAACUGAAGAAAUAAGGAGAUUAAGAAAAGAAAGAGAUGAAGAACGCAUUAAAAAAUUUGUGCAAGAGGAGGCUGUCAGAUUCCUUUGGAACCAGGUAAGGUCUCUACAAGCUUGGCAGCAGAUGAUGGAUCAGCGUCUAAGUUCCUGGCGUACUGAUGUUCCUCCUGUAUCAAGUACUCUAGUGCCAUGUAAGCCUCCGUUACUCACCCAAAGUCAGGAGCCCUCUUCUGAUCAAAAUCCUGACUGGUUUAUUGAGCCUGAUGAGGCUCCUCAAGAGAAAUCCUUACCAGAAUUUCCAGACUCUGGUUUUCAUUCUUCCCUAACAGAGCAAGUUCACUGUUUGCAGGAUUCUUUGGAUUUUGAAAAAAGUUCCACAGAAGGCAGUGAAAGUUCCAUAAUGGGGAAUUCCAUUGACACAGUCAAAUACGGCAAAGAGUCUGAUGUAGGGGAUGUUAGCGAUGAACAUGGUGAAUGGAGUAAGGAGAGUUUAAACAACGAGCAGGAUAAUAGUCUACUUGAGCAGUAUUUAACUUCAGUUCAACAGCUAGAAGAUGCUGAGGAGAGGACAAAUUUGGAGGAAGGCACAGGAGAUAGUAAGCUUCAUAUUGCUCCUUCCCCUGAAAAGUUAGAUGCCUUGUCUGACAGCACUUCUGUAGAUGAUUCUCAUGGCAUAUCUCCUGCUUUGCAAGAUGAAAUCAGCCAGGCACCAGAAAAUUGUAAAUUAAAUGCUGAAGUUCAAGGGCAACAGUCAGACUGUGAGUCCGCAUUUCAGGUACUGCAUGUUGGUAUUACUGUGUAGCAUGUGUGGUUGCUUGGGAAGCACAAAUCUACUUUUACCAUUUUCACUUGCCCUUUUUUUUUUUUUUUUGAAGGGGACUAUCAUCCCCAUUUUGUUACUAUUUGUAUAGAAUUUGUAUUCUUGUCUCAUGUUUUCCAUAUUCUAGAUCCUGAGCUGACUCUUUGUUUUGAUUUUGUGAGCUCUUAGUUGUAAUCUAUCAAACAAUGUUUAUAUUGAAAGCUAUGUGCACUUUAUUUCCCAACAACUGAAUUGCAUCAACAGUGUUCCUGUUUUUCAAUGUACUCAUUGCCUUUCAAAAACAAACUAGAAUAUCUUCAAGAAAAUAGAACAAUUUACCUUAAAGGUAUAAAUAAGAGAAUUUAGAUUUUUCUGUAUGUCAGGAGAUUAAUUAUGUAGUAAGGAAUACAGUUUGUUAAAGUGAAUAUAAAUGAACUCCAGAGAUUUUCCAGCCUCCUUGGAAUAAGAACAUAUAUUUCUAAGCCUUUCCCCUUUCCCUCCCUUAUGAGUCAAGGAAAGCCUUCUUAUCAGCAAAUAGGGAGAAAAAGUAAGAUUAGAGGAUUUUUCAGAGGAAAACGAUUAAAUCGUCUCGUGGAAAACUUUAAUGUCAUGUAUUAGUUUUAACAUAUGAAGCAAAGUGUUCCAUCUAGCAUUAAAAUCAAGCUUAUUUAAAGAGACAAUACAAGAAUUUUCUCUUAGAUAUGAGGAGAGCAGAUGCUAGGUUCCAUUCACUUGGAAUAAUGUCACAGCAGACAUUGUCUUUUCAUUCAGUGCUUUUUUACCCUACAGAUAACCGUUUCUGUGCCAACAUACUAUGUUCAUCUUCUCUGAUCCUGCUUUAUAUUUGCUUAUGUAUUUCAGCAGAAGGUCCAUGGCCAUUUACUUCAUUUUUUGACCUCUGCCUCAUAGUGAAGAACAUUUAAAAUAGUAUUAGUGAUAGAAUAUGAAUGACUUUUUUUAAAGGACUAUUUUCUAAACAAAUUUCUGAAAAAGUGCCACAUUUGGAAGACAGUUUAAUGGUGGCUAAGAAAAAAUAAACCUCACUUAUUUCUUGUUAAGAAGAAUAUAGAUCAGUAGCUUCAGGAAGAGAUGAUAAUAUUGUGUUUGAGUGUUAUGGAUGGAUGCAUUUGCAAAUCAAGGAAGUUUGGUAUUUUAAUCUUUGAGAAUGUUAAAGUAUCCUUGAACUACACUAUCUGAUUUCCCCCGAUCUCUGGACAUACAACUAUUUAAAACUAUGGCAAUACUUAAGUGUUCUCUAAAUUUAGGUGCUAAAUAUCAAAAUUCAUUUUUCUGUUACAGUCACUAGAUCUCCUUCUUUGAAGUUAUAUAAAAUAAUAACUUCUGAUCCUUCACUAAUAAAGUCAGGGAUCACAUGUUAUACUUUGUUGAUAGUUAGGAACAUUUCUCCAGUGUGGGUAAAAUGUAUUUUUCUCUGUUUAUAAAUAUGUAGCACUCAGGUUGAGAAGACUUGUAUUUCAUUCUCAGAAAUCCAGAAUCUUUUGAAAAGGAAAUAUUUUCUGUCUCUUCUAAAUCAAACAGUCGUCUUACAUUGAAAAUUUUCCCUAGUGAAGCAUGUGUAACAUUGAAUGCAUGUUAAUAAAAAUAGAAUUUUUUACUUUUUGAAUAAUGCUAAUUAUCUUUUAUGAGUGAUUUUGAAUUUCUUCUUAAAUAUACCCUAUUUUUCUAUUUUACAGUUAAGUGCCUCAUUUGCUGCCCAUAGUUAGACACAGAAAAACCAACUUGCACUGCACUAAUACUAAAGUGCUGUUCAUGGAAAAUUAAUUUCUCAUAAAAGUUCCUGAAAUGUCAUGGUUCAGUAUUGCCUACGUAGGUUUCUGCUGACAACUUUUGCCCCUUUUCUGAGAAAUGGCAAAACACACCUAAAUUCACUUGAACAUCAGCAUUUGUCAGCAAGAUUUCCUUUUUUACCUUUCCCUUGUUUUUCUAGCCCAUAAAUAGCAUUAGUGUACUUUUAUUUUAAACUUGGCAGAUUAUGAUAAGGCUUAAUGUUUUGCUCUUCAUUUGAUAGAACUUUACUAGUGUUUUGAAGUGCAAGAAUAUUAAGUAGACCCCUACCUUAACUGUACAGAUCAUUUUGGAUGUAGAUAGAAUGAAAAUGAUGUAAAUUAGAAUGCAAGAAAACUGUGGCAUAGACUUAAUAUAUUUUAAUAGGUUUUACAGUGUAAUUUAAAAUACCUUAUGUAAGAUAUUUGAUGUUAUCUCUAUGGGCAGUGCAUUGGUCUGGCUAGAGAGAAUGGGUCUAGUAAAGUUUGGGAAGUUGAACUUUAACAUGGUCUUUGUGUUUUUUCUUAUAGGAGAUUAGUUUAGCUGUGCUACUUUAGUUCGUAUCCAUUUUAUUGCUGUAUGGAAAAUUCAAUGAGCUAUUCUUCCAGAAACACAGAAUCCUACCAUGUGAAAAUUGGAAGGAAUUUUAGAGAUUAUCUGUUCUAAUCUCUUUGUUUUAAAGAUGAAACUAAGGCACAGAAAAGUUAAGUAACUUGUUUGAUGUUAUAGCUAGUUAGUUGUAAUAAACUGAAAACUUAAGAAUUAUUGUAUUCCAAAACUUAUCAUACACUAUUAAUUUUACAUUUAGUGAGUCCGUAGGAAAAUCUUUUUGAAAGAGAAAAAACCCAAAACUUCUAACAGAGCUUGAACUCUACCACUUGAAGCAAAAUUGCUCAUAGAAAAAGGCUAAGUCAUUAAGAACUCUUAAGUAAAUUUUCUCCAAGAAAUGUGAUUUAAUUCAAAUGGUUUUUAAAUGUUUUAUUUAUUUUUUUUUUGAGGAACAGAGCAUGAGUGGGGGAGGGGCAGAGGAGAGGGGACAGGAUCGAAGCAGGUUCCAUGCUGACCUCAGUGAGCCACCCAGGUGCCCCUAAUUUAAAUAGUUUUUAAAGAUCAGUCAUAGAAAUUAAAAAUUUUGAAGAACAAUUGCAUCUUGGAGUACAUUUAUUUCAUGGAAAAAUAUAACAGGUUGCGGAGAUAUCUAAGAUUUUCUAGUGAGAUCCUGAGUUUGUUUAUAUUUCAUCUUCAGUUUUACAGAACAACAGAUGUCAGAGUUUUAAAAUGUCCCAUCAUGAUAAUUGAUAUAAACACAAUAUAGUUUGGUUUUAUAAGCUUAAAUAUGAAAGGCCUCAUAAUAUGCAUGUUUUAGGGAAAUAUUUAACCCCACACUUGUUUGCAUAUAUGGAAAUAACUUUAUUCUUAAAUAAUGUGGGUACCAUUCUUGAGUGUGGAUUUUUCUUUUAUUUUUGUUUUGGGUUAUUUUAAAUAUGUAAACACUGUAUUAGUAUUUUCCUGUUAUCUACUUAAUACAAGUCUAGUUUUACUUUUAUAAGUAUUUUCAGAAACAAUAUGAGCUUAAGAUAGUAUAUUAUCUCCUUGGUACUUUUUUGGUGCAGAUUCUUAGAUUUGGAUUUAUAACAAUAAUAUAAACUAUAAAACCUUUUUUUUUCUGGAGUAAAAAGGGAAAGUAUAGCAUGAGUGUGAUCAGUUUCCCAUUCAUAAAUGAAAAGAAAAAGACUUAAUUUUUAAUGUAUAUCUUUAUUUUGCCAUGUACCUUAUUAAUGAUAUUUAUUAUAUUGUAAUAUUUUAACUUCUAAAAUAUGUGAUUCUUUUGUUCAUAAAAAUGAACAUUCUAAAUAUUUCUGGUGAUAUUGCUUACACUGAUCAAACCUAUUGUGCCAUAUUAAAAAUAAAAGUCAAGUAAACAAAGCAGUUCUCACAGUCUUGGAGUAAAAUAGAUAGUCUUUUUAAAAUGAGGUGCAUUUUAUUUGUGAAUGAGUAGAAAUCAUACUAUAUUUUCAUUCCUUAAUUGAAAUAGUAGAUAGCAGGAAUCUCUCAGUAGUGGCUUUGUUCAUUUUCCAGUUAAAUUUCUUUAAGCGUUUUGUGAUAAUUUUAAUGUUGACAAUAAGAGUUUAAAAAUAAUUUGAGUUUAGACCAUUUUUAGAUUUCUCUUUAAUUUUGUUUUAGAAAUAGAUGAUUUAAAGUGGUUAUGAUCUGUUUUAUGAAGGCUUAAUAUUUUGUAUUGUACUUAUUUAAUUUGUAUUUGAGUCUCUAAUUCUAAAUAAAAAGUUUGUACAUUU